UUCUGCAAAAUGGAGCUUGUCGUACUUCUCUGUGCCGUUUCUCUGCUGCAUUCAAGCGAAGCACAAGAGCCCAGUGCUGUGACUCCUGUGUUUGUGAAGAAGGGAGAGUAUGUGCUUCUGAAUGUCACACUAGCUGAUGAUCCUAAAGACAAUGCUGUUUUCUGGAGAUUCAAUCAAAAAGUUAAUUUAGUACGAUUUUUAGCUGGUACAGAAACAAAAGUCUUUGAUGAUUACUCUGUAAGGAUUGAGUUGCUUGAGAACUACUCUGUGAAACUGAAGAAUCUACAAGAGGCAGACAGUGGAGUUUAUACUGCAGUAGUGUCUGGGGGUAUAGAAAAACCAAUAACUGGAUACAAGGUCACAGUCCAAGAUCCAGUGUCUCCAGUUAAACUGUCAGUGGACUCUGUGUCUAACAGAUCAGACUGGUGUAACCUGACAGUGAGCUGCAGAGCACAGGAAUCUCACAUUAACAGCACAUUUAGAUGUGACACCCACAACUGCAGUCAGGAGGGAGGAGUGAGACAACAGGUUACACCCUCUGCUGCUGAUCUCCAUGUCUACCUGUCCAAUGGCUCUAUCUUCUGUAACCAUAGCAACCAAGUCAGCUGGAAAAAGGACAUGAAAACAAUUGAAAAUGUCUGCCGACAUGCUGCUAAACACUCCACCAAUGCCAUCUCUGUGGGUGCUGGUAUAGGUAUCUCUCUCUUUCUCCUAUGUGUUGCAGCACCAGCAGCAGCAUUUCGUUAUCAUCAAAAGAGAGGACAAUAUAAAAGAGAGAGCAUGGAGAAUACAGUAUAUGGAGUUAUUCGGGUCGGACCUACAGCCCUACCUCAGAGUCCAGCAGUUGAAGUUAUAGGUCUUUCUCCAACCUCCACCUACUGCUUGGUAGGGCCUCACACUGGAUCUGUGGAUUCCAAUACAACAAGAGGCACGACUCUGCCAGAGAGUCUGUAUGCUCAGGUGGAUAAACCUGCCAGGUCCUUAAACAAGUAAUCAGCAUGGUGUUACACAUACUGCUACACUGGCAUAAAUUUACAGUUUGCAAGUGUUGCUCAAGCUGUCGAUGUUUAAGUUUAUGCGACCUGCUGAAAGACUGUAAUAUAGUGUAAUAUUAUUAAUAUUUUUUAUAGUGUUAUGUCAAUAUUUACCAUAUAUAUUUACCGCCGGUAUAUGUUUGUGGGUGUACACAUUCAUGUGUAUGUAUGUGGGCGUGGAUAAGUUUAAUGCACAUUUUGGAAAAUCUGUGAUAUAAUGUGAUGUAAUCUUGAAUUGCAUGUCUAGUGUGGACCCCAGGAAGAGUAGCUGACUGCUACGGCAGAAGCUAAUAGGGAUAAACAAUAAUAAACAAUAAACAAACAAUAAUUUUAUUUACAAAGUGAGCACAUUGAUUAUUGUGUAUAAUCAAUGAAUAAUCAAGAUUUACAAGAUUUUGUACUCGCCAAAUUGCAUUGUAAAAAACCUUGAAGCUUUACAAAUGUGUUGGAAUUCAUAUUUUCCCAAAUUUUGUUCACAGAUUUAAAUGGGAGUCAGUGGCCGUGAUCUUUUCAUGAAUUCACAAAAUCUCCACAAAAUAUUAUGAGUAUAGCUUUAAUGAAUCUCUGAUAAUGGUGCAUGUAGCAGAAACUGCAGUCACCCAAAGAUGAUAAAUAUAAUAAAAUACUGUACAAAUAAA